AGCUGCCUAACCGAAAGACGAUUCAAACUCGGGUUACAGGAGCAGUAACGGCACCAGUUGCUUCAUUGUCGUACUCUUUGGGUUUGUAUUCUAGUGUAACAUCCUUAGAGAUUGAGUACUUUUUGAGUACUUUACGUUGCGAUUGUCACUCACUUUUUGUGGGAAUUAAGGCGUGAAAAUGUCGACAGCAUUAGAAGUGACUGGAUUCUUCAUGUGUGUGGCCAGCUGGCUGGUCACUGGCGUAUCUCUGGCUAAUGACUACUGGAAGAUAUCAAGUGUUUCUGGUAGUGUGAUCAUUUCCACCCGACAGUAUGAGAAUCUGUGGCAUACCUGUGCCGAGGACAGCUCUGGGAUAGCGGAGUGCCGGGACUUUCAAUCUAUACUGGCCUUGCCAGUUCAUAUUCAGGCAUGCCGCGCAUUAAUGAUCAUCGCCCUUAUCUUGGGUUUGAUCUCUAUCAUUGUAUCAACCAUGGGACUGAAGUGCAUUAACAUUGGGAAAAGAGAUGAGGAAUCUAAAGCCAAGAUUGCAGUCAGUGGUGGCAUUAUCUUCAUUAUUGCAGGUCUUUGCAUUAUAGUGGCUACAUCUUGGUAUGCUUCACGAGUCAUUUCUGACUUUUACAACCCACUCUCUGGUGGCAUCAAGUUUGAGCUGGGUGCUGGUCUCUAUAUUGGUUGGGCGGGUGCAGCUCUGUCUGUUUUGGGUGGAUCAUUCCUGUGCUUUGCCUUUAAAAAAAUCUGUGACGCAAAACCCAAAGGUGCAUAUUAUUCAGCUAAACCAAAGACAAUCUACACAGCAGCUCCAUCUGAAGUACAGCAUGCAAAAGCCUUCGUUUGAGUCACUCGCAUUAGCAAGGCUGAACUGUUGUUACGUUGUGUUUGUAUAACUCCUUUACGUUUUUGCUUCUUAUCUUUGUUUUAGAGGUACAUUGUGUAAAUGAUGAAUGUGAAAAUCAUUUAAAUGCAAUUAUCAUCAAUGUCAAACUUUGGAAUCAAAACUUCUGUCAUUAAUAUAAUCUUAAUUUUUUUGAUAAUUUAGUUAUGUAGCUACUUUGAAUGUAUGCUUUAUAAUGUAUGAAGGUGCUGAAGAGACCGUUUAAUAUUCAAUUAACUAGAUAAUGUUUCUAUUUUGUAAAGAUGCUUGUCAAUAAAGUUUG